AUGUGCAUAGACUACCGCGCACUGAACGCCGCCACCGUCAAGAACAGAUCCCCGGUGUCGAGAGUAGAGGAUCUUCUAGAUUCAGUUCAGGGCGCUAGAGUCUUCUCCAAGAUCGACCUUCGUUCGGGUUACCACCAGAUUCGCGUAGUUCCAGAGGACCAGCACAAGACGGCGUUUCGCAUGAAUCAGGGGUUGUACGAGUUUAGGGUUCUACCGUUCGGACUGACCAACGCCCCAGCGACGUUCCAGACGCUUAUGAACACCGUCCUCUCCGAGUUCCUAGGUUCGUUCGUUGUCGUUUACCUAGACGACAUCUUGAUCUUCUCCAAGUCGAAAGAGGAGCACGUGCAGCACUUGCAGAGGGUCUUUGAGGUCUUGCGGAGGGAGAAGCUGUACGCGAAGCAGUCGAAGUGCGAGUUCUUUCUCCCUGAGGUCAAGUUCCUAGGACACGUCAUACCCGCUAGUGGCGUUAGGACCGACCCGAAGAAGAUCGCAGCAGUACAGGAUUGGGUAGCACCGACCUCAGUCAAGGAGUUGCAGAGCUUCCUCGGAUUCGCCAAUUAUUACCGCCGUUUCGUUCAGGGUUACGCAUCGAUCGCUAGUCCACUCACCGACCUACUUCGGAAAGGCGUAGAGUACGUUUGGGGUCCAGCGCAGCAGCAGGCGUUCGAGCAGAUGAAGCAGUCGCUCACGUCUUCACCGACACUGUCAUACCCUAAUCCCACUCGCCCAUACGUUGUAGUGACCGACGCUUCAGAUCAGGCCAUAGGAGCAGUACUUCUUCAGGACCAGGGACGCGGGUUGCAGCCGAUCGCGUACGAGUCGCGUAAGCUGAGGGGAGCGGAGUUGAACUAUUUUAUACACGACAAGGAGGCGCUCGCGAUCAUCCAUGCGUAUAAGGUAUGGAGGUGCUACCUAGAGGGGGCAGACAGUGUUAUACGCACGGACCAUUGCUCGCUUCGCUUUCUCAACCGCAGCUGA